AUGAGUGACACCAACCUCUCCUUGGCCUAUGGUCCUCGCGUUGAAGACCAGAACAUCUCACAUCUCCAGCUCUGGCAGGACGCUGUCAACGCCCGGCCCAAUGCCACCGCACUCAUCGCAAAACAUCAAUCACCUUUUACUUUUCGAUGGGUGGGCAGUCAACAUUCCGAGAAGGAAUACGUCCAAUGGACCUUUGCCGAUCUCGACCGCGGCGCCCGACGGCUGGCAACUGCUCUCAACAGAUUGGCUCACAUCGAACGACGGCCCAUCGCCGCCCUCAUCAACAACCAAGCAGAAUGGGCACUCUUCUACUGGGCGACAGCAUACCUCCACUCACCCUUCGUUCCCAUCAACCCGAAGAUUGCAAGCCGAGCGGAGGAGCUGAACCACAUGCUCGACCUCGUUGGUCCGGUGGUACUAGUGACAGCGGAUCUGAACAUUGCCGCGCAAGUUGAGCAGUCCCUAUCAGAAAAACUCAUGGCAUCCAUCUCCACAAGGAUCACUCUCUCCAUGUCGGAUAUUGCGACCGCAAAUUCAUGGAGUCUCCUUUCGAACAUCAUGUCUGGCGACCCUUCACCGCCAGACACUCCGGACGUCGUCUCAGCCAACGACACGAUCGUCAUCCUCUUCACCAGCGGAACCACAUCACUUCCCAAGCCCUGUGCGCUGACAAGCUACCAAUGUCUGAAUGCCGCUUUGGGAUACAUGGACGCACAAAAAGUCACUUCCGCUCAUAGAUUCGUGCAACACCUGCCUGGAUUCCACUCAUACGGUAUUGGCUGGUCACUCGGUUUCUGGGUGAUGGGUGGCACAGUCAUAUUCCCGUCCGACUCUUUCGAGGCUCAGGCGACACUACAGUGCUUUGAUCAAUUUCGGGCAACACACAUGGGUCUUGUCCCGACUACUGCUCAAGCCAUCCUCGCUCAUCCGGAGUUCGCAAGGACUGAUUUGAGUAGUCUGGUGAGCAUUGAUAUCAGUGGCGCUGGUGUACUACCCAGUCUGGUCGAUGCUUGCACAGCGGCGUUGAAAGUGCCAUCAAGCACCAGCUAUGGCAUGACUGAAAGCCCGGGCACCAUGGCUUGGUCUGUUGAUGAGGGAUAUGUCAUUCGAAAUGGCGAGGUCAUGUCUGGACGACCAGUGCGAGCGACUUGUGUCAAAGUGUGCGAGCCUGGUACUCGAGAGAUUGUUCCUCGCGGACAAUUUGGUGAGCUGCACAAUGGUGGGCCUCAGGUUAUCCCGCGAUAUAUGGAUCGAAGAGUAUCGACCGACGACUUUUACACUGAUGAACAAGGCACAAGAUGGAUCAUCACCGGAGACCAGGCGAUCAUGGAUGCGGAUGGUGCUGUGAGAAUCUCUGGAAGAUACAAAGACAUGAUCAUCCGAGGUGGCGAGAAUAUCUCACCGGCCAGUAUCGAGGACUAUCUCAGCAAGAAGCAAGAUAUAUUCAUGGUACAGGUGGUUGGUGCGCCGGAUGAGAUGGCAGGAGAGGUGCCAAUCGCUGUCAUCACCACGGUCGACGGGUGUGAAGCCGAUUUGAAUGAGCUCAAGCUGGAUACUCAACGAGAUCUUGGACCAGCAUUCGCGCCAAAGAUGGUUCUACAUUUGAACAAAGACCUUGGACUGGAUGUAUUCCCAUGCACCGCCUCUGGCAAAGUGCGAAAGGUCGAACUGGCCAAAGUCGUCCGAGAAUAUCUCAAACAGCAGCACUCCGCUGCAUUGGACAAGUCCGGCUCCACGAUCGACUCCCUCAUCAGCAUCUGGAAGAUGAUCAGCGGUACCGAUGGACUUCUGCCAUCGUCCGUCUUGGAGUCCUUCGCGGACUCCCUGAUGAUGAUGCAGCUUUCCGGCACAGUCAAGAAGGAACUCGGAAGAGACAUCACUGUGGAGGACUACCAGACAUGCAUCACCAUCCAGGAUCAAGCAGACCUCAUCGAAGCUCGACCGUUGAAGAGUGCAAUUGUUCUCGCGCCACAACGAGCUGGACCUCCGACCUUGCAAGACAUGCCGCACGCUAGGGAUGAGGUCGAAGCCUUCAAUCAAACUCAGGAAGCCGUCGAGAGUAUGCUUCGCCCGUUGAACAUGUCGUGGGACGAUGUCGAAGACGUUGUACCUUUGCCUGACUGGGAUGCCAUUUUCGCGAAGCAAUCUCGUCCGUCUUCAUGGAACCUUCGCUUUGUCUACAACGCUGCCGUCGAUGCUUCAAGCUUAGCUGCGGCUGUCAAGGCUUCACUCGAGUUCCAUCCUACCAUGAGAGCUCUUGCAUUUGAGAGUCAAGAUGAGGAGAUGCUAUUGGUCACGAUGCGAGCCACAGAUGAGUGGAUGAAGGCAUGUAUGACAACAGGCUGGGAAGUGGAGACCAAAGAAGAACUGAACAAGCUUCUUCUGGAUGAUCCAGUCCUCGACAACGCGAGUGCCUCCGGACCGCUCGUCAGAUUCCACGUUGCCAACGUGCGAAGCGAUGGAACUUCAGGCCUUGUCAUGAUUGUGUCUCAUGCAGUGAACGACAUGAGCAUGACCAAAGUUUGGCUGGAAGACAUCGUCUCCCUACUUACCGGCGAAGCUCCAGUCAUCCCGCACGCUCUUUUCAAAGACUACGCCACCGCUUUCUACGACCACAAAGAUGGCCUCGAAGCCGAAAAUGGCGUCACAUACUGGGCGACAAAGCAUGCCGGCAUCAGCUCCACCGCAGAAACCUCUCUCUGGCCUGAACAGCGAGCACCCGAAUGGUUCAAAGGUAUUGACACCAAUUGGACCCGCUCGAACGGCACCAAACCCCGCAAGAACGAACGCACCGUCUCUGUUCCCGCCAAACUCGCCGCACAAAAAGGUCUCCGCCGUAAAGUCCUCGUCGAAGACAUUCCCCUCCUCAAAUCCGCCCACAACGUUCCCUCCUUCAUGCUCGUCAAGUCCGCCAUCGCCCUCCUCAACAUCUCCCGCACAAACGGCAAAGAAGCCAUCUUCGGCACCAUCAACGCCGCUCGCAACUGGCCUUUCGCUUCGGACUACACCGCUCUCGAGCGGGAAGCCUACACCGGCAACCCGCUCGACAUCUCCGGCUGCACGACCGAGUAUGUCCUCGACCGCAUCCCCGUUGGUCGAUCCAAGUCUGUUCUCGACUUCAUGCGUCAAGUCACUCAAGAUGAGGAACGCAACUCGUCCUUCGCGCACACGCCGUUCUUCCGCAUCGUUGAUCGUCUACGGGAUCCUCUUUCCUCUGACGAUGUCCGUACAUUCGCCGAGCGGGAGCGCGAUGCUGACUCCCUACUCCCUCUGAUCCGAAGGCAGUCUUUCAACUGGCUUCCUACGGCUCCCACGGCGCAGAGUUCCAAGGGCUUACAGUUCCAGGAGAUGUUGACGAGGAUGGACAACGGGUUAACGAUCACGGGAUUUUUGGCGGAUGAUAAGAGGAGUGUGGUGUUGGGGUUCAGCUGGGAUGCGGAGCAUCUGACGAUGAGAGAGGCGGAGAGUGCGCUGGAUGAAUUGGUUGGCUUGGUGGGUAGGAUGGGCAGGGAGGAGAAUUGGGGUUUGACGGUUGGGGAGCUGUUGAGGGGUUGA